AGGUUGGAUGUAAAAUCUAAACUUCUUCCGGGUGUGCCUCUAAAACAUUUCUUGUUUCUCCACGUAAUUUUCCCGAUGGAGGACCAGCCGGGGUUCCCUUUCUGCUGUUCGUGCUGAGUAGUUGCUUGGAGAGGUGGUGAAUGAGUGAAGAUAUGCUCAGUGAUGGUUCAAAUGUGGGAAUUGCCCCGGUUGUGGUUGCUGCUGAUGCUGCCCUGGGAAAAUGCCUUGAUAAGGAAUUAACACCAUUCAGUGAUGGGCUGUGGGACAAGCAAAGUGCUUCCCGAGCCCCCCAAAGAUGUGCAGCUAGACCUGGUUAAAAAAGUCGAACCUUACACAAGCCGCAAGGACAUAUACAAGCAUUUCAUCAAAGAUGACUGUGGGACUGUCAUCAAAGCUGGCUCUCCCUCACCUCCGCAUCACGCUAACCCUGGGAACCACCUGCCUGCCCACAUGGACCAGCCCGAACCCCGCAAGAACAAAGUGGCUAAAUACCGUGCCAAAUUUGACCCCAGAGUGACAGCCAAGUAUGACAUUAAAGCUCUGAUCGGGAGAGGGAGUUUUAGCCGCGUUGUGCGGGUGGAACACAAGGCUACCAAGCAGCCCUACGCAAUCAAGAUGAUAGAGACCAAAUACCGGGAGGGGAGGGAAGUGUGCGAGUCGGAGCUGAGUGUGCUACGGCGGGUUCGGCACACCAAUAUCAUCCAGCUUAUUGAGGUGUUUGAGACCCAGGACCGUGUGUACAUGGUGAUGGAAUUGGCGACCGGAGGAGAACUGUUUGAUCGAAUCAUCGCUAAAGGUUCCUUCACUGAGAGAGAUGCUACGCGUGUGCUGCAGAUGGUAUUAGAUGGUGUGAAGUACUUGCAUACGUUGGGUAUCACGCACCGGGACUUAAAACCAGAGAAUCUUCUGUACUACCAUCCGGGAACAGAUUCCAAAAUCAUGAUUACGGAUUUUGGACUGGCAAGUGCUCGGAAGAAGGGAGAUGACUGCCUGAUGAAAACCACGUGCGGGACCCCAGAGUAUAUUGCUCCCGAGAUCCUGGUCAGGAAGCCGUACACGAACUCUGUGGACAUGUGGGCGCUGGGCGUUAUCUCCUACAUUCUCCUGAGCGGCACUAUGCCUUUUGAAGAUGACAACCGCACCCGCUUGUAUCGGCAGAUCCUGAAAGGAAAAUACAGUUACUCAGGCGAG